CUGUCCAACUGCUCUAGGUUGCACAUGAGCAAGCUUUUCAUUACAGGUGCAAUUCCUAAAAGACAGAACCUGCUUAGCAAGCAAGCAAGAGAACCUGCUUGACUCAGAGAACAGAGUGUUCUGGCAGGCCCCGCAUGGUAGAGAGGACCCGCAAGCAGACGGCACGGUGCUGUUUACCCUGAAGAAGCAACUGCGUGUGCUGGAAAGCGCUGACCGCUCUAAUGGAUCGCAUGGAGCUGCAAAAAGUCAACAUCGAACUUGAUGAUCAGAGCAACAGUGGGGAAAGCCUUGAAGACAACUACACAGAGCUGGUUGAUUCAGAAAAGGCUGCAAUUAGGAGUCCAUUUGCUAGUGACGAUGCAGAAAGUCAGAAGUUCCUUACAAACGGAUAUCUGGGUAAAAAGAAAUUGGAAGAAUAUAAUGAAGAAUAUCACCAGGGUAGAGCUUCCUUUGGAAUGUCCUCAUUCAACCUCAGCAAUGCCAUUAUGGGCAGCGGCAUCUUAGGGCUUUCCUAUGCCAUGGCCAACACCGGAAUUAUCCUUUUCAUAGUUCUGCUGCUCAGCGUAGCAAUACUGUCACUCUACUCUGUCCAUCUCUUACUGAAGACAUCAAAAGAAGGAGGAUCACUAGUAUAUGAAAAACUGGGAGAAAAGGCAUUUGGCUGGCCUGGGAAGUGUGGUGUUUUCGUGUCAGUUACAAUGCAGAACUUUGGAGCGAUGUCAAGCUACCUCUUUAUUAUUAAAUAUGAACUUCCUGAAGUGAUCAGAGCAUUUAUGAAACUUGAGGAGAGUUCUGGAGAAUGGUACCUAAAUGGAAACUACCUCGUCAUACUUGUAACAGUUGGGGUUAUUCUUCCCCUCUCCCUUCUAAAGAGCUUAGGUUAUCUUGGUUAUACGAGUGGUUUUUCGCUGACCUGUAUGGUUUUCUUUGUUAGUGUGGUAAUCUUCAAGAAAUCCCAAAUACCCUGUCCUCUCCCCAUCAUGGACCAUGGGGUUGAAAACUGGACCGCCACCAACAGCACAGUGCCAAUGCACAUGGUCAUGUUACCAAACGAGUCUCUCAGUUCUGGAGUGAAUUUCAUGAUGGACAACACAGCUGAACACUUGCCGGUCCUUGACGAGCCAAAAGAUACCUCCCCCAAAAGUGGUGUAGAAUAUGAAGCACACAGCGACAGUAGUGACAUGUGUCAGCCAAAAUACUUUGUGUUCAACUCACGGACUGCCUAUGCAAUACCCAUCCUGGCAUUUGCAUUCGUAUGCCACCCUGAGGUGCUACCAAUAUACAGUGAACUGAAAGAUCCUUCCCGAAAGCGGAUGCAGAAUGUCUCAAACAUCUCCAUCACUGGCAUGCUUAUCAUGUAUCUUCUGGCUGCCCUCUUUGGAUACCUUACUUUCUAUGGAGAAGUUGAAGAUGAGCUACUUCAUACAUACAUCAAAGUGUACACCUUUGACACCCUCUUGCUGUCAGUUCGCCUGGCAGUGCUGGUGGCUGUAACCCUGACUGUGCCCCUUGUCCUUUUCCCUAUCCGUUCUUCUAUCUAUACAUUGCUGUUUCCCAAAAGGCCAUUCAGCUGGAUAAGACAUUUCCUGAUUGCAGCAGUAAUUCUUGCUUCUAAUAACCUGCUUGUCAUUUUUGUCCCGACUAUUAAAGACAUCUUCGGAUUUAUUGGUGCUUCUUCUGCUACCAUGCUAAUUUUCAUCCUCCCUGCUGCCUUCUACCUGCGGCUCGUUGAGAAGGAGCCCCUGAGGUCUCCCCAGAAGAUCGGGGCUGUACUUUUUCUCAUACUUGGCAUAAUCUUCAUGUUUGUGAGUAUGACUCUUAUUGUAAUGGACUGGAUUUACAAUCCUUCAAGUUCCGGACAUCACUAACCUGUGGAGACAACCAAGUGCUUUUUAUAACAUAAAUAUUUGUAUCGUGUGCUCCAAAGGACACCUAAAAGGGACUGUUAUUCCUAGCUAGUAACUGCAGUAUUUUGAAGACAGUUUCUGGUAAGGUCACUACAACCCAGUGGAGUCUACACCAUACUUUUCACUAAGGAUCGUUAUUUAUGCAUUAGCAACCUGAGCUUAGCAUUUCUGGCCAGGUGAAAUGAAAUGUGUGGUGUGAAUGCUUUCUGUUUUCAAAACCAAAAUAACUGUGUACAUAGUCCUCAAAAAUAGCUUUGUGUCACCCUUUUCAAACUCUCCCAUCAUGCUAAUAACCACAGAGCUUUGGAAAGAUAAUGGCCAGAAAACCAGCUAGUGCCUUGUUUUCUAUCUGAAGCUUGUGGGAGUGGCUGGCCAGGUCCCAGAGAAAGGGUACGGUUUCUGUAAGGGAUCUGAAAGGUGACCACUCCCUACAACCUGUCUAUCAGAAAGAUGAUGGCUUUGACAAGCCAGUCGACAAAGCUGAGCAUCAGAUUUUUUGCCCAAAUUCAUUGCCCUUGGCAUGUGACGGCUGUCCUACAGUAUAAAGCUCUCUGGCACAGACCUUGUGCUGGGGCGUAUGCUUGAAGAACAGUUAAGCAUUUGCAUUUUGUUCUUAAAGUUGCCUGUGCUGGAAACAUCAAGCAUUUCUGCUGUGGGUUUUUUUGGUUUUCUUUACUUCUUUAAUUCUUGUGUGAGCUUGCAUCACUGAACAAUUUGUAUCCUCCAUAGAAACUUGUCUUCCAUUCUCACAGGAAUAUAAGGAGACCACAAGGUGUGGCCAAGCACAUUGUUCAGUACUUGUGUAUUUGAUAAAUGUUCAGUGCAGAAAACUGUAAUUUGCUAUAUAUAAAAAUAUAUGUAUUUAUGUACAUAAUUUUUUGUUUUCUUGUAGGUAUAAAAAAGUUACCCUGUGGUAAAUGAUUUUUGAAAAUUUUUUUAUGUGUCACUGUUUUCAUAGCCACACAUUUAAUAUUGUUUUGAAGAAAACAUACUGGAUUGGUGGGUUUGUAAAAGGUUCAUUUUUAUUCAUCAGUGUUUGAAAUAUACAUGUAGCAAACCCUGUUACCUGUGUAAAAAUACAUUCAGAUGUUUACUACUUACAUUACAAUAAAUUGCAAGAUGUUUUCCUCUUAAGAAUUUUUAAUAGGUACCUCAAAGUUCUGUAUUACUGUUGUACACCACAAACUUUGGUAAGUUGCUCUGCUGCUUGUCUAUGCAUAUGCUAGCAUACAUAAUUAAGGUAUGCAAAGAAAAAUACAUUGUCAAUAAUCUCAAGUGUAUCGGGCUAUGCAGCUGUGCAAGACAGAAAAAAAAAAAAAAAGUUAAGUUCCAUGUUAUAUGGAUGCUUAAUUAACACUCAAUACCCUCCAGACUGUGAUUUUAGCUGUGCUAUGGAGUACCCACUAUAUAUGAUCUCUGCACACCCCAGGGAAAAAUAGUCAGAGAAGUCACAUUAACUCCAUAGCAGAGGGAAUGAGUGGGAAUGUGCAAGUGUUGGUUUUAACAUGCUUACACAAAUCCAGGCUCAUGUAAUUGGAGUUUUCAUUUUUCAACUUAGAAAUCAGUUGAAUACCCACCUGUAAACUCAGAAAACCAUAAAGCACCCAAAAGUUGUCUCUGCUCACCCCUCAGCUUUGCGCAAAAUUCUGUAUGUGUAUAUCAAUGUGUGUAUACUUACAGGUUAACUGGAAAAGCAUAUCAAAUACUUAUUCCAUGUCAACUGCUACCUUUCUGAGCAGUAUUUAUGCUCACUUGAGUACUGUAACCUUAUAUACAGGGGCACAAUUGCCCAUGAAUAAGUCUGUCCUUGCAUGUUUUAAAGAAAAAAGUUGUCAAUAAUCUUUUGACCUGUUUUAAGCAGAUUAGUACAAAUAACGCUGAAUUAUUACUGAAGAGGCCUUUAACAUGAACUAGAGUUAGUAGUAACACACCCACACACCUCUCUUCCUGUUACCAUUACGGAGAGUUACACGCAUGGAAGAACUGAAACGUAACUGCAUUUUGCUUCAGAGCAAAAGCACAGACAGUGACUGCAGCUGCAUGUAGAGACUCAGGAAUUCAUGUAGCCCACCUAAAAUAUAGAUGACCUCAAGAAAAGCAACAGAAAACCUAUGGAAAAACAGCAUAAGUCACUGCCUUUUCACAACACAAAACUGUCGGUGUCCAAAAUAGAGGGUAGAGAGUCUGUAAACUGUCAGUUUUUCAAGUUGAAAUAUGUCGGUGACAGCGAUAUGCAGCUGCUGCACACACUGGGAGCCAGAGUGGUAUUGCACACUAACUUAUUAGCACUCACUGCUGGGAAUGGUGGAUGCUGGAACAUUUCUUGAACAUUUGUAAUGUCGACAAUAGGACUUGUGAGGACUUUUAUUACAAAACCCUCCAUGGAUGUAUAAUAAAUGAAUUUUUCAAAGACUA